AUGGCCCAUCUCGCUGCGGCGGUAGCCGCUCCAUCUCUGAUGAAACCGAAGAAAGCCUCAUUCAACAGGAGAGCAACAGCAGCCUCUUCCUCCUCCAACAAAGCGCCUGAACCAACUGUCUCGACGACGCCGCGGCGGCUGAACCAGCUGCAGCAGCUCGCCUCCACCGUGCUGGACGCUGUGGAGACGAAAUUCAUCACCGGCCCCGAGAAGUGCCGCCCUCUGCCCCGCUCUGUGGACCCGGCGGUGCAGCUCGCCGGCAACUUCGGGCCUGUGGGGGAGUCCCCGGCGCGGCACGGGCUGCUGGUCGCCGGCCAAAUCCCCGCCGACCUCCGCGGGGGGGUCUACCUACGCAACGGCGCCAACCCCUUGCUGCCGCCCGCCGGCGGGCACCACCUCUUCGACGGCGACGGCAUGGUGCACGCCGUCUCGCUUCGCGACGCCCGCUCGGCCACCUACAGCUGCCGCUUCACUCGCACGAGCCGCCUGCUGCAGGAGGCCGCGCUGGGGCGCCCCGUCUUCCCUAGAGCCAUCGGGGAGCUCCACGGCUUCUCCGCGCUGGGCCGCCUUGCGCUGCUGCACCUGCGCGACGCCGCCGGCAUCAUAGACGCCGGCUGCUCGGGAGUGGCCAACGCGGGGCUCGUUUUCUUCGACGGGCGGCUGCUGGCGCUGUCGGAGGACGGAUUGCCGUACCACCUGCGGGUCACCGACGGCGGGGACCUGGAGACGGUGGGGAGCUUCGACUUCGAGGGGAAGCUCGGGGGCUCCAUGAUCGCCCACCCCAAGGUGGAUCCCACCACCGGGGAGCUCUUCUCCCUCUCCAACAACAUGCUCUGGAAGCCCCGGCUGAAGUCCUUCCGGGUGAGCCCCACAGGGAAGAAGUCGCCGGACGUGGAGAUCCAUCUCCAGAGACCCAUCAUCGUCCACGAUUUCGCCAUCACGGAGAACCACAUCCUCGUCCCCGACCAGCAGCUCGUCUUCGACGUCACCCGCCUGUUGAAAAACCAGUCGCCAGUGAGCUUUGAUCCCCGGAAGAAAGCCAGGCUCGGAGUCCUCCCCAAAUACAACGAGCGGAAGCAGAAGCAGAAGCUCCGGUGGGUCGAUCUGCCGGAGUGCGGCUUCUACUUCCACUUCUGGAACGCAUGGGAGGAGGAGCAUGGAGCGAUCGUAGUCCUUGCCUCCUGCAUGUCCCCGCCGGACGCCAUGUUCUCCGCUCGCCGCCGGGAAGAUCAAACGGCGCCGCCGGUGAGGAGCGUGCUGUCGGAGAUUCGCCUCCGGCCGGCGACGGGCGAGUGCUCCAAUAGGAUCAUCUCCCAGGGGACGAACCUGGAGGCGGGGCAGGUGAACAAGCUGUGGCUGGGGAGGAAGACCCGCUUCGUGUACCUCGCGGUGGCGGAGCCAUUUCCGAGGUGCUCCGGCAUGACGAAGGUGGACCUUCUAACAGGGGAGGAGACAAGAUUCGUCUACGGGGAGCAGCGGUUUGGGGGAGAGCCUAUGUUCGUGCCGGCGGAGAGCUCGGAAAGGGAGGACGAGGGGUACGUGAUGAGCUUCGUCCACGACGAGGAGGACACGGGCGAGUCGGAGCUGGUCAUCCUCGACGCCACGACAAUGGGUCAGCUGGCCUCCGUCAGGUUGCCCAGUAGGGUUCCCUACGGCUUCCACGGCACCUUUUUAAGCUCUCGCGACCUGCGCAACCAGAGGUAG